AAAAACCAGACUGAGCUAUUUCCAAAGUCCGAACAGUGCUUUUACCCAAAAGCCAUCACCUUUGCCCAACAUUCCCACCUUGGACAGAGUGUGUAGCGCCACCGUAAAAAUUACCAAAUCUCAAAUCCUCCGCCGCCCAUGGCGGGUUCCUCCCUCAUGGAAAACCUCUUCCAGCGCACGCUGGAGGACCUAAUCAAAGGCCUCCGCCUCCAGCUCAUUGGCGAGUCCGCCUUCCUCUCCAAAGCCCUCGACGAAAUCCGCCGCGAAGUCAAAUCCACCGAUGCCGACACCAAAGCGAACGCCCUCCACAAGCUCACCUACCUCUCCUCCCUCUACUUCUACGACAUGUCCUUCGCCGCCUUCCACGUCGUCGAGCUCCUCUCCUCCACCCGCUUCUCCCACAAGAAGAUCGCCUACCACGCCGCCGCCCACUCCUUCUCCGACGACACCCCGGUCCUCGUCCUCAUCACCAACCAGCUCCGCAAGGACCUCACCUCCACCAACGAGUUCGAGGUAAGCUUAGCGCUCGAAUGCCUUUCUAGAAUUGCUACAGUAGAUCUUGCUAGGGAUUUGACACCUGAGAUUUUCACCUUGCUGGGUAGCAGUAAGGUUUUCGUUCAAAAGAAAGCGAUCGCCGUGCUUUUGAGGGUGUUUGAUAAAUACCCAGAUGCUGUGAGGGUGUGUUUUAAGCGUUUCGUUGAGAAUUUGGAGAGUCCAGACUCGCAGAUUGUGUCCGUGGCUGUUGGGGUGUUUUGUGAGCUUGCUUUGAGAGAACCCAGAUCGUAUCUUCCGUUGGCGCCGGAGUUUUAUAAGAUCCUGGUUGAUUCUAAGAACAAUUGGGUUUUGAUUAAGGUGUUGAAGAUAUUUGCAAAGUUGGCCCCUUUAGAACCUAGGUUGGCUAAAAGAGUUGUUGAGCCGGUAUGUGAUCAUAUCAGGAGGACCGGGGCCAAAUCGUUGCUGUUUGAGUGUAUUAGGACUGUGGUGACCAGUUUGAGUGAUUAUGAAUCUGCAGUGAAGGUGGUGGUUGUCAAAAUUCGCGAAAUGCUAGUUGAUGAUGAUCCGAAUCUUAAGUAUCUCGCAUUGCAGGCACUUUCAGUUGUUGCAACAAAGCAUUUGUGGGCAGUUUUGGAGAAUAAGGAGGUUGUGAUUAAGUCUUUGAGUGAUGUGGAUUCGAAUAUCAAGCUGGAGUCUUUGCGUCUUGUUAUGGCAAUGGUAUCCGAGAAUAAUGUGGCUGAAAUUUGCAGGGUUUUGGUCAAUUAUGCUCUUAAAUCUGAUCCAGAGUUUUGCAAUGAGAUUCUUGGUUCCAUUUUAUCAACAUGCUGCAGUGAUGUAUAUGAGAUUAUUGUGGACUUUGAUUGGUAUGUAUCACUUUUGGGAGAAAUGUCGAGGAUCCUGCAUUGCCAGCAGGGGGAAGAAAUUGAGAAGCAACUUAUUGAUAUUGGUAUGAGGGUCAAGGAUGUUAGACCAGAGCUUGUACGGGUUAGUCGUGAUCUGCUGAUUGAUCCUGCAUUACUUGGUAAUCCAUUCUUACACAGGAUGUUGUCAGCUGCUGCUUGGCUGUCAGGGCAAUAUGUUGAGUUCUCAGUAAACCCAUUUGAACUCAUGGAGGCACUAUUACAACCUCGUACAACUCUCUUGCCACCAUCUAUAAGAGCGGUAUAUGUACAGUCUGCUCUCAAAGUUUUUAUCUUUUGUCUAAAUGCUUACCUUUUGCAGAGGGGGAAUGCUGCUUCCUCCUCAACUUUUGAUAGAGUGGUGCCAGAUGUUCCAGGAUUGGUUUCGGAACGAGAUGGCCCAGAGAGUUCUAGUUUGGCAUCAUGUGAUGCUCCUGUGCAUUGCAAACAGGAUGAAGGAUUCAACCCAAGGGUUUUUGAUCAGUCUUUUGAAGGUCUUUCAGUGGAACAUGGUGGGGAGGAAACUGCUACUCUUGGGCAAGCAUCUGCAUCGUCUUCAUUGAAGGAUAGUUUCACACAUGAAUCUAUCGUAAACCUUUUAAAUCGAGUUGAAUUGGCUGUGGUUCCCCUAACAGGAAGCUAUGAUGUAGAAAUACUAGAGAGAGCACGAAAUAUACUUUGUUUCACCGAGUUGAUUAAGCGAGAUCUGCUUGAUAGUCCAGUACAGAAGGAAGAAAGUUUGGAAAGGGAAGGAGUACAAGCGUCUCAAAUCAUCAAAUUGAUGCAUGAUGCCUUUUCAAAUGAUCUAGGUCCUGUCUCGGUAAGUGCUCAAGAAAGAGUUCCUGUACCAGAUGGGUUAGUGCUUGCGGAGAAUCUUGAAGAUUUGGAAACAAUCUUCGGUGAUGUUCAACUACCUUCAUUAAAUUCAUUCUCUCUUGGAAGCCCGCAGUAUGAGGAGAGAGCUGGUUUUUCUAUUCCUAUCCAUGAAAGCAAAGAAGAGCCAGUGCCAUCGAGUGAAUCCACAUCUCUACUUGCGGAGCACCGUAAGCAGCACGGUUUAUAUUAUCUUCCCUCUGCGAAUAAAGAAGAUGAUUAUCCACCUGCCAAUGAUACCAAAUUACAGGCUGGUACCAAUGAUGACGACGGAGAUCUAGUUAAGCUUACAGAGCAAUUACUUCUUUCUAAGAAAAAGCCAAACCACGCAAAGCCUCGGCCUGUGGUGGUGAAAUUAGAUGGAGAUCAAGCAACUAUUGCGACCAACCCUCGUCCGAAGGAAGAUUUGUUGUCUGGUACCGUGCGAGACGUUCUUUUAGGUAGUGACACCAAUCCCACUUCAUCCCAAGGUCAAGCAUCCACCAAGUCAUCGAGUAAGAGAAAAGGGAAGGAGAAACUAAAUGUUGAUUCUGCUAAAGAAAACUUGGGUGGUGUUGAAAAGCAUGAUCAAGGAAACCCAGGUUCAAGAAAAAGCAAGCACCAUAGUCAUGGUAAAGGGAGAAGACACGGAAGCCCGGGGAAAAAAGGAGCUGAAACAGAAGAAAAUGGUCAGAAAUUGAAGCAGAAAAGUAGUCGUACCCAUAGUAAGCACAAAGCUCGACAACGAGCGGAAGUGCCAUUGAAUGUGGUUGCACAAUCACCGGUAAUUCCAGAUUUUCUUUUGUAGUGUUAAAAACGUUCGAAUUUACUUCUUACUCAUCAUUUUCACCAUACUUGUCCUUGUAUACUGUUGAGGUUAGUUCCUGAUGUCCUGCCGUAGAUUUUAUACAUUUGGGAUUUGGCUUCUCUUGUCAUGGUUUGUGUUUGCACAACUGUUGGGAUUCGCCUUUGGUUCUGUUUUAAGCGAGACGAUGCGAGUGAAUUUCAUUCGAGCUAUGAAGUUUACGGUUCUUUCUAA